AUGGCUUGGAGAAGUCAAAGUCUGCCCGUGAGUGAGGAGGGGACGUUCCAUUGAUUGGGUGGGCCGGGGGGGUUGGGGGAAGCGCGCGCGCGAUAGGCUGCUUCAUUCGCGGGGAGCGGACGGGGGGGGCGCGCGCAAGAGAAGGAGGGAGGCCGAGGGGCGAUGGGCGGUACCAUGUGGGAGAGGGGGAGGAGGAGAAGGAGGAGGGGGGAGGCUGGCUGGCUGGCGGACAAUGGAGCCUGUGUGUGUUUGCGGGAAAGGAGCGAGUUCGCCGUCGCCGGGGGGAGACGCUGCGCCGCCGCCGCCGCCUCCUGCCCGGGGCUGAGAGGUGCCCCCCGGCCGGGCCAGGCCCCUCCGCCCUUGGUGGGCAAGAGCGGUGAGCGUGCGGAGGGAGGCGGGCAGGAGGCUCCUCCGCAUGGUGCCAGCGGCACCCGUGGAAACUGCGGGCCGUGGGGAGGCGGGCUGUGCGCGCGCGUGUGUUGAGGUGGUGCUGGUGGGGGGGGGCGACGCGGAGAGAGGACGAGGGGCCGCCGGGUAACCGCCCUCCCGCCUGCCUGUUCGGGGGAAAGUUUCGGAGUUUGGGGGCUGGUCGAAAAACCUGGCGCGGGCGGGCGCGGGGAGCGUGAGGUGGGGGCGCGGGCGGGAGGGAAAGAGGCGGGAGGGGUCGGCGCUUGGCAAAGCGAGGCGGGGGUGGGGGCGGCUCUGAUUAGUCGCCCGAGGCGGGCGGGCGGGGGGGGGGCGGGUUGGAAGGAGAGCCGUGGAGGAGGCCGGAGGGAGGAGGCGUGUCCAUCGCAUGAGGGGAAGAACAAACGGCCGGGGGGGGGGGGGAGAGAAACCUUGAGUCAGGGAAAAGGGGGGCGGGUGGGCUAUCUGUGUACACGGAGUAGUAUGUGGAUGCGCUUGGGUGUGUGUGUGGAUGGUGUGCGUGUUGUGGCAAAGCGGGUGUCUGGGCAGGAGAUGCCAGCCCUUUGGGGCGGGGGGGGGGUUCGUGCGUCUCUGUGGGUAACGGAGGAAGGCAGCCUGGGUUAGGAAAACAGGGUGGAAGGAACGGAGUGAGCCUGGGAAUUUGGGGGUAAGGAACGCUUCACACUCCCCCACCCCCGUUUGCCUUCUCCCCGUUCCAGUUAAAUAAGGGGAUUUGCUAUUGUGGGUCGCCGCUGAAAGGGGGAGGAUUUUGCAGAUGCUUCUGGAGGUGAGGAGCUGCUUUAGGCUUUGAGGUGGGGGGGGGGGUAAGAGGGACGGAGUGUGUGUUUGUGUCUUCUGGGCUGCCUAGGCAGUCGCCAUGGGCCUGAGGGGGCAGUACAGAAGAAUAAAAGUGCAAGGGGGUAAGAAAACGGCUUGUGGAUCCAGUGCGUGGAAAUGGGGUGGCCGUAGGCAACCCCCGGCAAGGCUGUUAAGAAAGUAAGGUGUGCAGAGCUGUUUAAGAGGUCUUUCUGUACAUGACCAGAGAGCAUAGUGCUCCCCCUCCCAACAAUGCUGGUCAGAGGGAUUGUGAACUAGAUGCCCAGUCUGCAAGGAUACUAUUCCACAUUGCUAGUUAAAGGGAGCUGUAGAUCUUGGGCGGGGGGGGGGGGAUAAAAAUCAGGGGCUUGAUAAUUUCUCCUGAAGUGCUGUGAAUAUUGGUCAGUCCCUGUUUGCUUAAUUGCAUGUGUAGGUAGAUGGUGCAAAUCUGUUGAGGUUAUCUCCACCCUGGAAAUUUACACGUUCGGUCAUUUUUUAGUUCUGUAGUUAGAACCACAUGCAGCUUAGAUCAUACUAUGCAUUGGUCUUAAAGUAAUAGAUUAAUUGCUCUUACAUUCCAAAACCAUUUUUGUAAAUGGGGAGACAGACUUGCUCCUAAGUUUUGACCUGUGAUAUGUAGAGUUAGUACGUAGUUUUCAAAGCUGAAUUAGGUAGGAGAGGCCACACAAUUCAGUAGGGCCUUUUUUUCCUAGCCUUUCUUGAGUCUGGUCUUUAGGUCACUUGAAUGUUGAUGUAGCAUUGAAGGGGUAGUAUACAAAGAGAACUUGUUUUUUUUCUGAAAUGCUAAAUACUCUGGUGUGCUGUCUUAACUUCAGAUUGGCAGUCUUUGCAUUCGGUUUAUUCUACCUCCCUGUUUGCUACUUUUUUCUUACUAAACUAAUGCGCCAUUUAAAUAAACAACAGAGUAGGCUGACUAAAAUGCAGUCCAUCAACUUGUGUUAAGAUGAGAGGAAAAAUGUCUAUUUUGGUUCGCACUGAAACUUGAGUUAUUUUAAUGUGUUGUAAAAUGGUGGCAAGGUAAAAAACAUUUGUGUAAAAGUAGUUAAAAGAAAAGCACAUUGGAGUAUAGCAGCGUGGGCACAUCAUAUCAUCCACAAAUAUCACUUGCUUCCAUUCAGCUUUAUUUUUAAUUCAUAUAUUCAAGUGUACACAGUCUGUAGUCAUUGCAGCAAUUCCUGGAGGGGUAGUUCCUCAGUACUUUCUAUCUGAGGGGAACUGAGGGCACUUCCACAAAUGAAGCUAAGAACUUCAUUUAUAUAUCACUUUGAAUACUGUUGACUGAGUGUGGUGUGCUAAGAAAUGCUUUUAAAUGGCCUGUAUGUUCUCAUUAUUAUGGCUCUUCCAUUCAGCUUACAGAUGAGAUGAAAUUUAGCCAGUUGGUUGGAAUAGUGUGAUGAAUGUGAGCUAGUUUUGCUCAAAACUACCUGGUAAAUUUUUGGUCCAUAAACCAAAUUUGGAAUGUAAAACUAAUUCAACAUACUGUACAUUUAUUUCCUCUUUAUCUACUUGAUUUUGCUUAGCUUGAGGUAGGGCUCAGCAACCUGGACAAUGUGUUCUGGGGGAGGGGGGAUCCAGCAGAAGAGCUGCAGCUAAUUUACACUGAUUUGCAUUUAUCUAAAGCGUGCCACUUGACAUAUUAUUUUGGUGUCAAGUUAGAUGUUGCAUUUAUGAGUCAUGUGUAUUAAAAUAUGGUGAACGUGGACUAUCUUUAUUGAACUUGGAAGAUGUUGCACUCUUAAAUAAUGAUGCUCAGGAUUUUUGUUGUUCUCACUUAUGGUUUUAAGCCAAAUAAGAGUGACCUGGGACCUCAUCUGGGUGUGUAUGUGAAGUGAAAUUGUUCCUGAUAAGAGGGAGUUGCCAAACUAAUACUAGUCAUGUUGCUUUCUUAGCUGAGCAGUAGCAUCUCAUUUUGACUAGAGGAAGUAAAAACUUUUCUGCUUCUGCACUUCCCAAUCCCUCCAGGUAACAGUGAGCAGCUGAAUUGAGGCAUGGUGUUACCCUUGAUGGGUGCUCCACAGCCUAGCAGUUCGAAAGCACGAAUGGCAAGUAGAUAAAUAGGUACCGCUCCGGUGGGAAGGUAAACGGUGUUUCCGUGUGCUGCUCUGGUUCGCCAGAAGCGGCUUAGUCAUGCUGGCCACAUGACCCGGAAGCUGUACGCCGGCUCCCUCGGCCAGUAAAGCGAGAUGAGAGCCGCAACCCCAGAGUUGUCCACGACUGGACCUAACGGUCAGGGGUCUCUUUACCUUUACCACAGCCUACUGUGCUUUCAUCUGACAGCAUUCUAUAGGCUAUCUCAUUAUUGUAGUUGUGCCCUUGACCUUUAAAAAGCGAUUGGUUAAAUAGUUGACAAAUAUGUGUAAGCAUUAAUCUUUUUAGAACAAAAAAGAUACUUCAGUAAUCAACAAGUUUGAGGCUUCUAAUUUCAAAAACAAAGGAGUUCAGUUUGUCAGGGGCAUACAAAUUUUGUGUGGCCACCCAAAAAGUUGUGGCUUCCAAACAUUAUCACCAUGCCCUUGUUUCAAGUGAUGGGGACCCUUGCUUAGAGCUAAGGAGAGGCUUUAAGGAUUUGUGGAAGGGGCCUGAGAACAUCUCCAAAGCACUCUGCAGCUGCUGAGACAAAUCUCCCACUUCUUCAUAAGCUCCAAGCUUGAGAAUUGGAUUUGUGUUCUUUGCAUUUGAUUUUUGUGUGCAAGUUGUUUAUUUUUGAAUAUUUAUAUCUCAUGUUUUGGGUUAAAAGAGCCCCCCGAAGAGCUUACAAUAUAUUAAAAACAUAAAGUAUUGUAAUAAAAUAGUAUUAAAACCCAGCAAUAAAUCAUUUGUAGCAGCAGGAUGCAAAGUUAAAAGAUUCCAAAAACCAGGUUAAAAUAAGAUAUUGAUCAUCUGUCUAAAGAUUAUGAGAGUGUGAACCCACUAGUUUUCCUGGGGAAGGUAGCCUUGACACCACUUCUUAAAAGGCCCUGUCCUAUCCCCACCAAUCAUCCUACCAUCCAUGGCUCUGAAUGGAAAGGACAUGGAGCAGGAGAUCUGAUGAUUAUCCUAAAUGUUGGGAAGACUUGUGUGGGUGGAUGUGUUCCAUUAAAUAACCUGGCUGCAAACUAUUUUGAGCUUCGGAGGUAAUUGUGCCAGGUUACUAACAACCUUAAUUUGUGCCAGGUUACUAAUUGGAAGCCAUGUGAGCUACAAUAGCUUCCAGUUAAUUUCCUGACAUAGUCUGUGGGUUCUGUGGGGGGAGGAAAAAUGGGGGGGGAUAAGGAUAAGUUUUUGGAAAAUAUGUUUUGUUAUAACUUUGAAUAAAAAAAAUAAAAAAAAUAAUUUUCCAACUUCAGCCAUAGCUCCCCCCUCCCCCCAAAAAAAUUUCCUGACAUAGUAACAGAGUGAAUUGAUUUAAAUCAGCAAGGAACAAGGCCUAUACAACUUCAUAUAUUUCCUAAAUCUGAUGAGUAUACCUUGUUGAUUUACAACUAGAAUAUUAUCUUCACUGGUUUAUUAUUACAACCAGGCCUCCUUUCAUUGACGUUGUCACAAUGUGUAAAUUUUGCAUGCUUUAGGUUUUUUUUAUCUAUACAGAGACCAUUCAAUAUAGGUUGUCUCUUACAACUAACUCCCAUAACAGUUUGAGUCUUGCACAAGACAGUGCAGUCUUGUAAUAUCUACUCAGAAGUAAAUCCCAUUGCGUUCAAAGGCAUUUACUCCCCAGCAGCUGAGUCUAGGAUUGCAGCCUAAGCGUGGGAAUCUGCACACUGGGCAUUUUUUUCUUUUCUUCUUUUUUCCAGUAUUGCUCCUUUCUGUUUCAUUCUGCCUUGGGCUAGCCUCCUAAAAAAAAAAAAAUACAAGAUUUGAUAGUAGCUGGACAGACAAGGGAAACUUAUUUUCACCAGGUGAACAUAAGCUUGUGUUUCGAGCAAGUAUUCAUAUCUGAUAAAUGAGCAAAUCAUUUCUUCAUUUACAUAGAGAAGAAUCCUUUAACUUGCUGUAUCUGGAAGAUACAUUGAUUUGCUUUAGUGAUUAAGACUGCAAUCCUAAUGUUAGGGGAGGAGCAAAAUCCAAAGGAGAUUCAGCUGCCUUAAUUGAAAAUCCUGUGAGUUGAGCUAGCAGGAUGAAAGUGAGAGUGGUGGAAGGCCUUUGGGUUCUUCCGUCCAUUUCCUGCUGUGUUUUUCUGUUUUGACAUUUCCCUUUCUAUUUUUGCUAGAAGGAGUGGAAGAAGAGAUUUAAACAUGUUCAGAAGUGUUACUUAAAUAAAUAAACCUGGUUUGGGUGUGUGACAGGAGACUAGGAGGACUCAGGAUCCCAGCUCCUUCCCUCCGUAUUCCUUCUUGGACCAUCCAGUGUUGGAUGUUGGUUGGGCCAGAAUGCCGGAAGACUCAUUGCAGUUAAAUAAGAAGGCCUCAACAUUGGAUCUCUCACUCAUGUUGGAGAGGUAGAUCUGAUCUAUCUUAAGGCCCCUCAGAUGCCCUCCAAGAGACCAUAGUAUUGCAGUCUGAACUAUAGGACAAGCAUGUGGAUAAUACAUAACUGAAUAUUAAUCUAAUUAUUUAAGAGAAGUAUACAUACGUACGUACACACACAUUUAAAUACAAUCCUUUAUCCUGGUUGGAUAUUAAGGCAGUGUAUAAUCAAAUUAUAUUGUAGUAUGGGAAACAACUGGAAGAUGAUAUCAAAUAGAACACCUAAAAGCAGAACUAGAAAUAAAGCCAAUUUAAAUGCCUGGCCGAGUAAAACUUUUGCCUGGUGCUGAAAAAGAGUGCAGCAUAGGUGCCAUGCCAAACCACUUUAGGGACGACAUUCCAUAAAUGGGGUGCCAGUGCUGAAAAAGCAAACUCCUUUGUGACUGAGUAAGAACAGAAGAAGAGCCCUUUAGCAUCAGUUCAAAGGCCUGUCUAAUCCAGCAUCUGAUUUCUCACAGUGGCCAACUAAAUGCCUCCCAGAGUCCCACAAGUAGGAUAUGAACAGAAAAGCACUCUCCGCUCUUCUGAUACUGGUAUUCAGUGGCUUGCUGCUUCUGAUCCUGGAGCUCAUAAGUAGCCAUCAUGAUUAGUAACCCUUGGGAGACAAAUUCAUGGCAGAUAAAACUAAUUAAAACUCUAAAUUGGUAGUCAUUAAUACAUCUUGUUGCAGUGAAUUCCAAAGUUUAACUCAGUGCUUUGUGAAGAAGUCUUUUUUUUGUCUGUCCUGAAUCUCCCAGCUCUCUGCUUCAUUGGAUGACCCUUGCUUUUAGUAUUAUGAGAGAAGAAGGAAAAACUUCUCUCUAUUCACUUCCUCUACUUGGUGCUUAAUUUUAUUACACUUUUAUCAUGCCGCCUUACUCUUCCACCACCCCACUCUCAAUUGGGUUCAAAUGUUGUAGCUGCUCCUUGUAGAUGUCCUGCUGUAGCGCUCUGGUAAUUUUUGUGGCUUUUUUCUUCACCUUGCCCAACUCUACAAUAUCUUCCUUGAGAUGCAGCGAUAAGAGUUGUACAGAGUUAUCCAAAUGUGGUUACACCAUAGAUUUCUGGAAAGGCAACUUUCUUUUCAAUCCCUUUCCCACUGACCCCUAACAUGCCUUCACCACUGAUGGGGGCACCUGGAGAAGGGCUUCAGCAGAAUUCUCAAGGCACUGGCAGGUUGGUGUGGGAAUAGGUGUCAUUCUGGUAUGCUGUGUGAAAUGGAUCUUGGCUGCCACUUUUUAUACCAGCUUUAGUAAUGACCUGUUCAUGUAAAGUAUAACUCAGUGGUAUUAGGCAACAUUUUUACAAUUGCGUGCAAUUCACGGAAAAGUUCUCUUGGGCUUUUAUCCUGGAACAGCCAACCUGCAGUUGCCGUACUUCAAAAAAAUGAAGACAGAAAUAAAACCAUAUAGUAGCAACUAUUAAACAAAAAACUUUUUUUUUCCAAAAAAAGACAGCUGUGCUAAAUAAGCAGCUGGCCAAAUUUUCAAGCAUCAUCGUUUUGUGGAAUAUUGAAAAUAUUUGACCAUGGUCAAAUAAUACAUAGUCAAUUGACUGUUGACUAGUUAGUUAAGUAAUGUGCCAAUCUUACCUAUGUGUUGGAAGAGAAGGGGUUUGUUUUCUGAUCUGUGUAAGAGACCUUUUGGUGAGAGCUGAUGUUUGCCUGCUGGAGGUGAUGGUGCUCAGAGUGGGUCUACCCAUGAUUUUUUGAUAUGGGCUUGUAUGAAGCUGUCAGGAUUUUGAAAAGUAGAGGGUAUUAUUUUAUAUUAUUUUAUCAAUUUUAAAGGGAUGGUCAGUGAGAGAGGCCAGUUUCCCUUUCAUUUACUUGUGUGUCCCUCAUGAGAGGAGUUGAAUUUCCGCUGUGUGGACCUCUUAGGUAUUUUUUUAUUAAGCGGUCUAUAAGUUAAAUUAAAUAAAAUAUUCCUUUCAGUGAAGAGGAUUGGAAGAUGUAGAGGAGUGGUGGCUUGCUUGGGUGAGGGAAGUACAGUUGAAACCUCCUUCAUAAUUAUUUUGUGGUAGUUUAAGGUUUUCUGGGUGAUAGUUGACUUGUUGAACAGGCCCUCUUUUAAGAGACUGCUGGGGAGGACCUUUUCUAUGAUAGCUCCAGGAUCACUCCCUUUGAAGGCAUGUUCCUUUUGUGAAAAUGCUUUGAGAAAGCUUCUUUCCAGGAGCUGAAUUAUUUUUUCCUAGCAGAAGUUACUAGUCUUUUAUGGGUUUAUUUUUUUGGGGGGGGGGUCCUGAUUGAAACUACCGUAUCUUGAGAUCCCUUCAAAGAAACUGCCUAUAGGGAGCCAUAACAUCACUGCUCAUGUUUUUUUUUUUAAAUGAUGUUUAUUGAGAAUUUUAAAGUUACAAAGAAAAAAGAAAGAAAAGACAAGAGAAGAGAAGGAGAAAAAGAGAGAAAGAAGUAGAUAAACAUAACAAUUAAACAAUACAAAUCAAAGUCAAAAAUAAAUAAAUAACAAAACACACAAUGCAUCUAAAUAAAAAAACAAAAAUAAACGAUUAAAAAACAAGUCUAACAUUCCCAAAUCCUUAACUUUCCUUAACUUAUUUCAAUGACCUCCUCACACCUCCCUUUUUUGUAUUCUAGUUGUUAAUUAUCUCAGCAAAUCCUUUCCAUCUUUCACAAUAUUCUGUCAUUUAAAUUACCUUAAUCUAUUUUAACCUUAUCUUACCCUAAAAAACCCUAAAACUUAAAACUUAAAUCUUAUAUAUACCAAAUUCUUUUAACCAUAACAUAUUCUUACAUAAUUCUGCUAAAGCCAAAUAAUUUCAUUCCAACAUUUUUCUAAUACUCAUUAAUUUUACAAUACUUUUCCAAAUAAAUUUUGAAACUUUCUACCAAUCUUCAUCCAUCGUCUCUUCUUCCUGGUCUCGGGUUUUGUCAGUCCUUUCUCGUCCAUCUAAUCCAUCAACCUGGUGCUCUUAUGUCCGAGGCUCUUAAGUCUUUUCCAUGUCCCUUCUGCAGGUCUUCUUCUUGUUUAUGCCUGCCCUUUACUUUGUCUUUUGUUGAUCUUUUUCUUAUUUUCUUUCCUUUCUCAUUGGGGGGUAGGUCUCGGGAGGACUCCAAUCCAAAAGUGUCUCCAUCUCUCCUCAGCAGGUCAGCCCAUUCCCCACAGUCUCAUUCCCCACAGUCAACUCUGUAAUCCAGAAAGUAUUUAAAAGCAUGUUUCAAAGUCUUUCCAAAAUUAAGAGCCCUCACAACUCCAGACCCCCCCGGUCCACUCCAGAUUCAAACUUCAAGAACAGUGGCUUAUACUCCUGCAAGGCCUCGGAUCUCUCCAUUUGUGUUAUUUGAGGUUCAACAGCAACCUCCUCCAUUUUCUUCUGCACUUGCGCUUGCCCUAUCAAAACAGAUUCCUGGGCUGGUUCCUGAAUGGUUUCUAUAUGGGUAUUCACCGUUUGUCCAAAGUUUUUGACUGCAACAGUCAUCAAAUCCAUCUUCUCAUGCAUCUGCUCCAGCAAAGCACUUGCCUUGCAAAAAGCAAGCACCAAGACUUCUUGUAAACACAUUUUUCCCCCCAAGGUUAGAGUCUGGUCUCACGAUCCUAAUCAUACAGCUGUGAGGUCCCCAGUUCAGCUCCGGCAACAAAUUAACAAGCUGACAAUUUCUAUUUGUAUCCAUCUUUUAAAAGCAGGACCAACAAAGAAAAAAUACUUUCACUUUUCAAAUACUUUGUUUCUUUUGAUUGCAAGAAGCAACAUUGGAGUCAAUUUAUUUCUCUCUCUUUUUUUUACUAUCUGUCAAAAGACGUUCCGUUCACAGUCGAUGAACUUCCCCAUAAAUUUCUGUCUCUGACACCCCGUUCCCAGGUUUGAGACGGUGGGAAAUUUAUCUUUACUCUCUCUCCUGCAGGCUUAAACAGUCAAAAAUCCCCCUCUUUUCUCCUGCUUCCAAGAGGGGUUUUGGUGGUGAUGAAUGAAGGAAAUUUAGAACUUUAUAUACGACUUUCCAGACUAUAGCUUACAAAGUUUUUGCUUCAAUCUAUUUACAAAAAAACGGGAGGCGGACUUCCUGUUUAGAACCUUCCCGUUUCAGUGCCAAAUUAAAAUAUUUCUUAAUACUUAAUCCAAUUUUCCGUUCUACUCACGGGUACUUGUUUAGAGUCCAAUUGUCCACAGGAAAAAGUCAGCGCUCUCCGGCAACGGCUGUGCGGCUUCACUCCGUAAAAGUAGCGGUUGAUUCAAAACACCGCGCCACUCACCCCACGUCGCUUCAGACCCCCGAAAAAGGGUUUCCCUGCGAGUAGGGGAGGCGCUCCUGGUGUCAGCCGAAUCCCACGUUCCCAGGCUUCCUCCACCUGUGGUUUUUAAAGGGUCUCCGCCUUUGCCGCGGCGGCAAGACCCGAUUUUCACAGAGCGGGUUCCUCUCGGUCAGAGGAACUCCGCCAUUGCUGAUGGCGCUGUCCCGGAAGUCCCCCAUCACUGCUCAUGUUGAAUGGUCCAUCAUCCUUUGCGGAGGAUGAUAAAUCUCUUGGCCCUACUGGUGGAACAUGGAAAUGUCUCCACAGUUAUGCUGGACUUUAGAAUUACAUGGAGCAGAGUAAGGAAAAGGGAAAAUUAUUGCAUCCUUCUCUAUAUCUAGAAAGGAUUAUUUGGGUUUGUCUCUUUGUCCCUUGGCUUCCAAAGUGCUCUUACUGCAUGAACAAGCUCUAGAUAUCUAUUUUGUAUUUAUAUCCCACUUUAUUUCCCUAACCCUACAUUGUUUCACAGAUAUAGUUAAGUGGAGAAACAGUUAUUGGCUGAUUGAGGUGGGUUGUUGAACAGAGUCGCAGUCCUACUCUGAAUCAAACAACUUCUCCACAAUGGCUAUCAGGGGGAAGCGGGAUCAUUCUAGACUAGAGGUUAGGCCGUACUACUGGUGGUGCUGUGUGCACCUUAGGCUUCUACAACUGUAGGAAUCAUCUCUGAUUUCUGCAAAUCUGGGCUGGGGCUGAAGGCCAAAGUGCAGGAACAGCCCCACACCUGAGCUACAUUUAUAUUUGCAGGUCUGAGGAGCAGGGGAUUUUUCUUGACCUUGCAUAGAGAAGAGGAGAAAAGUCUUGGUGACCAAGUUGGCUAGCAAGACCUAAGAUUUCUAGAGUUUGGGUUGCACAUGGGUGUUUUUUCCUCUCCCCACCUUAAGCAAUAUUCUUCUUUUGUGGUUUCCAUAAACUGGAAAGUGGAGGAGAUAAUUGGAACCCCAGACAGAGGAGAGUCUGUGAACCCAGGGCAGAGCCCUAAGAGCCAAACCAUGGUUUAGCCAUACUAUCAGAACUAGGCCAUAUGUGAGGCUUAGAAACCCAUGUGACCAAGAUUACAGCAUGAAAUGUUGCUUAGAUUACAUUGCUUCCCUUUACAGUGAGAGUGCUUGCAUUUUAUUUUAACCAAAGCAAGUUUUCCUGUGGUUGUGAAUAAAACUUAUGUACAAAAAGCUUAGAAAUGGGAGAUGAUAAUGGCAGAACAUCUAGUAGCUGAAGGUGGGGCUUUUUAAACAGUGUAGCCCAGGGCUUGGUAGCUGAAACUUAGUGCUGUUGUCUAGGAAUCUGAAAUAACCACUUCCCUUAAAUUCCUUACCAAAAAAUAAAAGUAAAAGUCUAUAUUCUUGAUCUUUACUACAUGAGUAUGACAAAGUUAACCUAAGUCCCAGUUAAGAAAACAGUUUUCUUGAUCAUGGAACCAUAAGCAAAAUAUUGAUACUUCAGGAUUCAGCUGCUGUGAAAAGAAACUUUGACUCUACUGUUUAUACAGCUCUAAACAUCUGUAGUGAUCCAUAGCUUUUACGUUCAGUAGAGAUACCUAAUACAUUCCUGUAUCCUUUUCUCCUAGACAACUAAAUGCUGGACGUGUUCGUGAGACGAACUGCUCAAAGAUACCCAGAACUGAUGCUGUACUUUGUUUAAUAUUCCGAUCAUGGUAAGAUCACACUUUUCUUCCUUAUAGAAUUUCAUAUCUUGACUUGUAGUUCUCUGUUUCCAAAGAACCUUCAUUUGCAUGCUAAUCUGUUAGAAAUGCACUGUGUUUUGUCUUCAGUUGCUAUGUUUUAGGAUAACAUUGAUAUUUGCUGAGAAACAUGGUGUGCUCUAAUGUGUCGCUCACUAGUGCCUGAGGAGUUAGUACCACAAAUGGGGGAUGCACAUUUGGCUGGUUUUUCUGUUACCAAAGCUUGCAUUGUACCCAGUGGUACAUGUAGAAGACCCCAGGUUCUGACUGCAGCAUCUCCAGAUUUAAAAUAACCAGGGAAAGACCUUCUCCUUGAGGAUCUAGUGUGUCUUUCAGUUGUAAUAGAUGGCACUGCCUAGUGAACCAGUAGUCUGAAUUGAUAUAAAGCAGCUUUGUAUGUUCUUAUGUGAGACAGUGGCCUGGUUUGCACAACAAUCCGGUAAGCCAAACUAUGGUGUACUGGGACUGUGUGAAUGUAUAGGAGCUCACAGCCCAAUUUGCUGUUCCCUGGUCCUUUUUGCUCCUGUGCCAUACUGAGUUAAGCAGAAAUCUGCUGUUGGCUCCAGCCCAUUGAUAAUGAGGAGAAAACAUAACCAUGAGCCUGAAUUCAGGUGACACACUAAGCCAAACUUUGGCUUAGCUCAACAUGCCAUGAGACUGGGGAGUAGUAAAGUGCCUGCAAGAUCCCCUCUGGGAGUCUGCAUGCUUGCAUGGUCCCUGCUAAGUCAUAUUUCAGAUUACAGUGUCAUGCAAACCAGUCCAGUGUUACAUACUUGCUCUUUUAAUUUUAAUCAGGGAUGGGCAACCUGUGGCCCUCCAAAACUUUUGUUGGACCAGCCAUGACCAUUGGCCGUGCCAGCAGCAUCUGAAGAGCAAUAGGUUCCCCAUCCCAGUUUUAGAAUAUAGCUUGUUCUUACGGUUACAGGAAAGCCCACUAUUAGGCCAGUUUAAGAAGUCAGUUCUCACAUAAUCUAAAAGAGGAUAUUUAUUAUGGUACUGCUUAUAAUUAACAUAUCAGCUAUAGGUAUGAAGGAAGCAUAUUGUGAACUUUCUGAUUUCAAAUUCUACUUACGGAUUUUCAGACAUUCUUACACUGCCCUUUUACUGCUGUUCACCUGUAAUUUAAACAGGCACACUAGACCACAAUGUAUUUAUGUGUCUUGUUACCAAGUUGGAGCUAUUGUCACGUCUGUUUUGUAUGGAUUGCAAUUUCUUAUUCUUGGCCAAGAAUUUGAGUGCAACAUCUUCCAGCUAUAGCAGUGAGAAGACUUCAGCAUAAUGAGUAAUAGUUAUCACAGCACACUUUUGAUACAGAAUUUUAGGAGCUUGACUGUUGAUGGACAAAUUUUCAGUCUCUGGAGAAUGUGAUGUCACUGAACUUCAGCUAAAUUUUGUACCUCUUCAUUAUUGUAUAAUUCAGAGAGUUUAUUCAAAAUACCUUGUAGGAUCUUUCAAUAAGCCACUCUAAGCUUGGGGGGGGGAUCAUUCUCUUUUCUCCCCCACCCCCAUAUGAAAUCGAUCCUGCUAUUCUCAACAUUUAAAGUACUGAUAAGCAAGGGAUGGAUAUUGAGUCCUCUUUCCCCCAAAUAUAUUGUAAAUGUAUUUGAGGGUAGGAUGGCAUUUAAAGAAGCUUUAGUCCACUUACUGGUUGCAAAGAUAACAUUCUGCUGUUAGGUUUCCUUACUGAAGAAACUGGAACCCUUUGACAAAGGGAACAGUGCAAAUGUUGUCUUAACACAGCUUAUUCUGCUAGUUAUUUGAAAAUGUUUUAUAAUUGAGUUUUAAGAUUUGAUGAAGAACUUCAGCAGUAACUCUCAAGACAGUAUUUUCUUUAACAGAUGUUAGGCUAGUUAAUAUUUACCUUGAGGGUACAUGUCCUUACCAUAUGGCUUAAUCUUUGGUAUGGGUCUCAUAUCCAUAUCUUCUUAGGAAAGUCAAAUAUCCUUGCAUAAGGAACUCCUUGGUUAUUUUGAGGUUUGGGGCCUUUGAACCUUUAUCACACAAAUUUAUUUGCUUAAAUAUCCAUGUUAAAGUGCCUUAAAGCAAAUUAUCCAUCUGGACUAAAAGAAUUAUCUUAGUCUGGUCAUUGAAUGUAACAUCUGAAUAUGGAAGUAGAUGAGAAUUCAGACUGACAGUCCUACAAUGUGCACAAUUUGUUUGGCUCUUUCGUUUCCCCCAUCUUUCAUGGAUGCUCUAAACUGUGUACAAGCAGAACAAUGAUACAAGGCACAACUGGUGUGUAGUAUCACACACACCUCAGGCUAAAAGUUGGCUCCCUUCCAGUUGGAGGGUUUUUGGGUGUUGGAUAUGCUGGUUCAUCGCACCCAGAUCCCACAAAUCACAGAAGGAACUGCAAAUCCCAGUCAGUUCAAAUGGCAGACUGGGAAAUUGGUUGGGUUGGCAGAGGUAGUAAAGUCCAAACCACACAGUCCCCCAGGAUGCUUGCAGAAGCCAGCUUGAAAAUUUGUAUCCUUUCUUUAUCUUUAGCACUAAAUCAGUAGCAGUUGCGGGAAGCUGUUGAACACAACCAUAGCAUCUGUACAUUACAGUAAGAUAAGUGACUGGCUAUCCAAGCAGCAGAAACAACUGUGAAAACAGUGGGGUGGGAGACUGUUCACCAUCAACUUGAAACUUCGAAGAAACUGCUGAUGUUUAAAGCUAGGGCAAGAGACUACAUCUGUUAAUUAGAUAAUUUACCUCUUUUGAUAUUGCAAUUGUUUUAAAUACGGUAGUCACAGGGAUUAGUUGAAUGUCCAAGGACUUCCUUUUAUAGGUGGUGUUGAAUCCACCCAUCUAUUCUCAGCCUAUUGGACAGUAAGUGUUAGCUAGUGCCUCAAGUAUGUCAAAGAAUCAAAUUUUUAUCUAUCUCUAGGGUAGGCAGUUUGAAGCAGACCAUGGCUGAAACUGUCAAAGUUAUCCACCUGUUCAGACAACUGAUCUUAUUUAUAUUGGUGUUCUAACCACUAGAUUUGAAAACCUGUUUGCAUUUAUCCUUCAACAGGCAAAAACAUCUUCGCUUGAAUUAUUUUUUUAAGCUCAAGGUACUCUUUAAUUAUUUUUAGUGAUUUUUAAAUGUGAAUGAUGGAAUUGUCUGUGCAUAUUGUUUACCGUUCAAUUUUUGAAGUUACAUUGCAUCAACAUACAGACAAUUGUGCUUCACAAAUCAAUUCUAUAAAUUUUAAAUCAUAAAGAAAAUAUGUGCAAAGUAUCGGAGCAAUGUUGAGAUCGUUGUCAUGUGUUAACAAAAGCCUUAAGUUAUGGUAAAUGGCACGAGAUAGAUAUUUCUAAAAUAAAUGAAUGAAUGUUCUCAAUGAUUUUAAUCCUGGCCAUGGUCUUCAUUUAUCUCUGCUCUAACUCUCGGGCAUUGGAUCAGAUGCUAGCUACAGCAGUGCAAGCCAGUAGUCUUGAUUCUUGUCCCUGUAAUGGCCAUUGCUUGCAUCACAUCUGAUGUUCUUUCCAGUUUCCCAGUUAAAGGGGAGCAUUGAGGUUAAUGCACAGAAAUUGAAAAGGGGUGGUGGGAUGAAUCCAGAGAAAAGCCUGUGGAACAGGUUUAGAGGAAACAGGCUUUCCUACCCUGCUGAAUGCAAUAGGCUGUGGGAUGAGGAGGCUGAGGAGGAAGGCAUGCCCCAUAAUAAGAGUGAAGGUAUCUUUCUACUUUGGAGAAGGUGCCUCCUCUUGAUUUUCAGGGAUUUUCCUUCCUCCUCAGGACCCACACCCACAAUUCCUGAACCUUGGGAGAGACUGGUUUUUGGUGGGGGAACUGCAAUGAAAUGAAAUCAAAGCAUUCCUGAUAUGCACAUUUCUUAAAUUUCUCUCAACAUUGGGGAUUUAGGCUGCAAUCCUAGUCCUACUUAACUGGGAAUAAACCCCACUGGAUUCAGUCAGACUUACUUUUGUGUAGACUUGGUUUCAUUGUGCCAUUAGGAUCUUAAGGUUACAGCUUUCUCUUCUCUACACCCUCCGGCCAACCAGGCACAACUGGAACACACAGUUGCACGGUUAAGAAACACACAGAUCCCUACAUUACUUGCAUUUUUCACCAAGCUAACAUCUCUACUGCAUACAAGCUAUGAUCACAUGGUGUGAAAAAUUCUGUAACUUGAAAACUUGCAUAUUCUUUUUUAAAAAAUGGAACACCUUUUCCUGGCAUGUAUUAUUAUCUAUCUUGUGGGAGCAGGCAAAAUUACAGCUUUAGAUUUAAAGUACCUGUUGUGUACACCUUCUGCAUUGAAACUUAGUGAGCUGCCAAGAUGGAGAGAAACCUGUUGCAUUCUUCCCUGUGUGCUUCCACCUUUACAUGCUGAAGUGAGAUUAAAACACUCCUCUGCUAUCAUUUUUCUUUUAUAGGUCUUCUAAAAGCGCUUUAUUCUUGAAAAGUCAGUAUUAGUAUUAGAUAGACAUGGCAUGGAAGGUCUCCAUUGGAGAUGUGUAUUAAUGUCCUCUGAAGGAGACUUUGUUGCAGAAGCAAUUAAACUGCCACAUACUUGGAAAACACAGAUCAUAUAGACUACACUUCCAAGUCUACGUACCUCAUUGGUAUAUUUUGUGGAUGCUAAAGAACUGUAUGGGAACUGUGUAACAUGGACUUUGAGCAUUUGCAGACCAGGGUGUGUGUGUGUGUCUGUCAUAAUGUAUUUUUUAUUGAACUAUUGACAGAAAUCUCUGCUUAUAGAUCUUUAUCAUAGGACAUUGUGUGUCAGAGAUACAACCCUUGGCCAUUCACCAAUCAUUAUUCUUAACAGUUGCUUCUGCCCAACUCAAACUCUAUUAAUCGUCUGAGAAAAGAGGUACACUGAGUGGGAGAGAAUAUUUCUUCUCUUUGUGUGCUGUGGAACCUUUAUUCUUUGUCUGCCAUAAAGGAAACUGCAACUUCCAAAGUUUGCAUGAUGUAAUUUUAACCUGUCGCGAACCAGGGAUUUUGAUUCAUAAGAGAGAGUGGCUUAAUAUAGCUGUAUCUUCUCUUAAGAUUUUGAAUGAAAAUAGCACAUCCAGUGGCCAAUAUAUUUUUCACCUGACGGCUGCAUUGUUGGUUAGCCACCCAUCUUGAGGGCCACAUGCCAGCCGUGGUAAUGCCCUGUGCAUACUUAAUGUGCAUGUGUGCACGCUCACCCAACAUACAGGCACCGAGCACACUCUCAGACAUGCUAGCGUGCACACAGCCCUUUUCCCUAUUUCCAAGGCAGAGCUCCACAGCACUGAGAGUGGGAGAUAAAGUGCUUCAGAGAUCAGUCUCUUAAAUAGCAGGCAGAGUCCUUUAUCUGACCACUUCUGCUCUCAUAAUAAUAUAAUAAUUUAUUAUUCAUACCCUGCCCAUCUGGCUGGGUUUCCCUAGCCACUCAUUACUCCAGUGCUAAGGUCAAAGGAGUUGGUGGGCAACUUCUGCAGUUUGCUGUGCUGGAUCUGGACUACAGUUUAGUCACUUCUUUUAUUCCUUGUAUACUUGGCAGGAUGCUUUUACAUGUGUGUCUACACAUUUACCCUGA